CAAUGUUAUGAUAAAUAUGCAAGCGUUUUGUUUGAGAACUGAGUAUAUUUUAAGAAAUGGGCAUAAAUUAAAAUGCCUACGUUGGCAUCCAAGCCUGCGAUGUUUGAGCACAGAUCCACCACAUGACCCGAAGGACACGAUUGGUCCUCCAACGAAGCUGUGGAGAUAUGUUGUUAAAAGUCUCAAAAAACUGGUGGAGACCUCGGAGAAAAAGCUAGAGAAAAAUCUUCCAAAAGUCUACAAAGCCUAUGAAACUGUAAAAUGUGUGAGGUUCAUCACAGCGGACGCAAAAGUAUACUUCAGUGUGACGACAGACCUAUGGACGGGCAAGGAACUCCACACAUUCACGAGGAGGGAGCUGGAAAUUUACCAAGAGAUGCCUCGUGACUUUGUGAAGGUUGCUUUGCUGCUGGCGGUUGCAUCCAUUCCUUUUGUCGGAAAUGGCAUUUUUGUCAUAGGAUACUGGUUCCCACAUGUGUUUUUCACCCAUCACCUGUGGAAUGAGAACCAGAAACAGGAAUUUGGUCAGAUAAAUCUCAAACACCGCAUCAACCAUUACCAUCAGGUGUUACGAGAAAUUGACCACAUUGCAUACAGGAAUACAGAGGGAGCAAUCCGAGACUCAAUCAUGACCAUUUUGGAUAAGAUAGAGCAUUCAGGUCACCCUUCACCAGAAGAGCUGUUGUCAGUGAGGGAACAAUUUCAGUCAGCUCCCUUCUCCUUAGAAUACCUUUCCACUCGCUACUCAAGACUUUUAUCAAAAGUUAACAGUUUGCGUAAAUCACGGGAGAAACUUGAACAAGAUUGUCUGAUAACAUUACAUAUAGAUCGCGCUAUGGUAAAGGAGGGAAUAGAUGACAUGCAGGAUACAGAAAUGUGCAGGGCAUGUCUUAAACGAGGGUUAAAUCCAUAUGGUCUUUCAAGAGAGGAACGGAUCAAAUUUCUGCAGGCAUGGACAACUAUAUCACAAAAUCUUGAUGAAAAGGGGCUGUCGUUACUUCUACAUUGUCCAGUAUUUCUCACAUACAACGCACCGACCAACAUUAACCUUAUGAAAGGGAAACGGUACAAAUGGCGGAGAAUUAGUCCAGUGUGAUGUGAUAUGUACAAUAGAUAUGCACUUAAACUCUUCCAUUUGAAGUGCUACACCUGUGGAAAAUAUUCAGAUGUUUUUGAGGUUGUAGUGUUCUGACAUGAAUAAAUGUUUUUAAGGUACAGACAGAAAAGUAGCAAUUCAUAGACUAGUCUUGUAUGUUUGUUUUAUAAGCAAUGUGUGUACUAAAAUUGUAUUCCAUUUUCAUUGCAACUAGCCUUUAAAAGAUGUUAAUAUUAACUUCUUAAAUUUUAAGUCAAAUCCAAUAGCUUGAUAUUGGAAAAUUAAAUUGUACAUGUUAUGUAUGUUUUUGUUUAUAAAAAUAGAUGGAAUAGGUUUUAAAAUUAGAUGUUUAUUUUUUAUAUUGAGAACAAUGGUAACACACACAUCUGAUGUUACAUAUAUGUUAGUUUUUAGCUCGACUAUUCGAAGAAUAUGGAGAGCUAUACUACUCACCUUAGCGUCGCUUUGGCGUCACACCUUGGUUAAGGUUUCGCUUGCAAGCACACAUAGGUUAAUAUCUCAUCAACUACUUAUUGCAUUUAGACUUGAUACAAUGCUACUCAACCAUCCAGCCUACUUAAUUAACCAAGUGAAAUAACUCUAGUUUGCAUUUAAUGCAAAUAAUUGCCCUUUAUUAUUCGACUUAGAAAUUCUGGUUCAGGUUUUGUUUGCAAGCACACAUAGGCUAAUAUCUCAGCAACUACUUGAAGUAUUGCAUUUAGACUUGAUACAGUGGUACUCAACCAUCCAACCUACUUAAUUAACCAAGUGAGAUAACUCUAGUUUGCAUUAAAUUCAAAUAAUGGCCCCUUUUUAUUCGACAUAGAAAUUCUGGUUAAGGUUUUGCAUGUAACCACUUUUAAGUCAAUACCUCAGCAAAUACAUCAUGUAUUCCAUUGAAACUUUACACACAGGCUCCCAACCAUUUAACCUUCUUUUUUUAAUCAAGUAAGAUAACUCUAUCUUUCAUAUUAUAUAAUUUUUGCCCCUUUGUUAUGCGACUUAGAAAUUCUGGUUAAGGCCUUGCAUGUUAGCACACGUAGGAUAAUAUCUCAGCAACUACUUGAUGUAUUGCAUUGAGACUUUAUACAAUGGUAUUCAACCACCCAACCUAAUUGAAUAAUCAAGUUAGAUAACUGUGUUUUGCAAAUUAUGGCCCUUUAUUAUUACACUUAAAAAAUCUUGUUAAAAUUUUGCAUGUAACCACAUUUAUGUUAAUAUCACCGCACAUCACGUAUUGCAUUGAAAUCUAAUCUUAAAGUGAUCCAUGCAUGUUUCGCCAAAACUUUUCAAUCCUUACACUGAAAAGCGGCGGAAUAGUCGAGCGCGCUGUCUCUGUGACAGCUCUUGUUAUUCUACAAAUUGUUUCAUUUUAACAACUUCUUUCAUUAUGCUGAUAUUGUCAACUUUGUUGUUAAUUCACGUGACACUGAAACACCCUGGUAUAAAUAUGAAUAUGAUUUAAACCAGAUGAAUCAGUCCAGGACGUCAUAUGGCGUAUUUCUCUUUUUUGAAUUGUGUGCCCUUGAACAUUUUUACAUUUUGUUCUGUUCUUUGUUGUGUUUGUUACUGCCUGUUGCGUAUUGAUAAUUAAAACCGCCUUAAAAAGGUGAUUUAUUUUA